AUGCGAAAUUUUCAGCAAAGAGAAUCGGGACAGGGACAGAGGGGACAUGAAAGAAAAUACUUUCAUCAUGCCUGCUCUCCCUGCAGCAGCUGCAUAAUGCUCAUCCGGCCCAUUCUCGCGACCGGUGACCGCGGCCCGCGCUGCAAACAGGGUCGGCUUUGGUUCUCGCCAAAUAACAUCCGCAUCACCUCAACAUCACGAGACGAGACGCCCGGACCAGUUCGUUCGACGUCAUUGAGCUAUUUGUGA